AGCUUCUAAAACCAUCUAGCAAAAGUGCAAAACAAAGGAAAGAAAAAAACCAACCCCUCAAUACUCUUGCAUUCUGUUAACCAAAUUAACAAAUUACGUAAAACUAUAUUAUGGCUAACUCAACUGUUGUCAAGCUAGCUUGUGCACUUGUAAUGUGCAUUGUAGUGGCCGCACCACUAGCCGAGGCAGCCGUUACAUGCGGCUUGGUUUCUAGCAAAGUUGCCCCGUGCAUUCCCUACCUAAAGGGAGGCGCUGCCCCAACGUCGGGUUGUUGCGGUGGGAUUAAGGCUCUCAACGCAGCAGCUGCCACUGCUGCUGACAAGAAAGUUGCAUGUGGUUGCCUGAAAAAUGCUGCUGCUGCCAUUUCCGGUAUCGACUAUUCCAAGGCCGCUGGUCUCCCUGGCAAAUGUGGUGUUAGCAUUCCUUACGCCAUUAGCCCCAGCACCAACUGCAAUGCCAUCCACUAAACGGCUAAUGUUAUAGCAAAACUAAAAGAGUAAAAGAAGGGAGCUACCUAGAAGUGGCCUAAGUAGUAUAAUAAUAA